AUGAUUAUCACUGCUGCUGGCUUUGUAGGGGCUGCGUAUUAUGAGAAGGACUGGCAUAUCUAUCAACACAUCGCCAACAAGGUCACUGCUGAUUACAUCCUCAAGCUCGUCGACCACGGUGCCAACGUCACAGCGCACCAAGCGUUCUUUGCUGUGCGCCACGGGCUGCUCAAACCGGGGGAGUUUGAUAUCUACGUGUUCCUUGGCGUGUGCGGCAUGGUGUUCCUGGCGUGGCAGCUGCCUCGCUUCCACCACUUUAUGAUGCGCAACUUUGUCCACUCGCCCAUCAAAGGCUCCAUACGCACCAUGUUCACGUCGACGCUGAGCCACGCGUCCAUCCCCCACCUCCUGUUCAAUGGGAUUGCCAUGUACACCAUCGGCCUCUCUGUCUAUCACCGCGUUGGUCCCGCGGAGUUCUGGGCAUUCUGCACCGGCGCAGCCUCACGUUAA